AUGGCAGCUCAAAGUUCACAAUUUCAAGAGGAGACUAGAAGUAAUCUGAGAAACACUGGUGCUUCAAUAAAAAAUCUGGAAGUGCAAAUGAGUCAGAUUGCUCAACAACUUGCGGGUUCGCAAACACCAGGUGCAUUAUCGAGUGUUACAGUUACAAAUACAAGAGAGCAUAAUAAUGUGAGUGCGGUAACCACAAGGAGUGGUAAGGCAAAAGAAGUCCCUGAAAAAGAUGAUGAACAAGAAGACCAAUUGCUUGAAGUUGAUUUGGAGAUAAAAGAAAAUGAGGUUGUUAGUGAAGAGGUGACGGUACCUAAACCGGUGGUUAAAGAAAAAGGUAUGAAGAUCCCGGUAAAGAAAAAAGAUCGAGGCUCGGUAACUAUCCCUUGCACCAUCGGGGAUAGAUCUUUCAAGAAGGCCCUUAUAGACUUGGGGGCAAGUGUGAGCCUCAUGCCUUUAUCCAUCUACAAGCGGUUGGGGAUUGGAAGAAUGCAGGAUACCUGA